AUGGCAGUGGUGGAAGAACAUGUCGAGCUACUUCUUCAAGGCUCUUAAAGUGAGCUCGGUGAUUUAGACCUGUGGUAUCUUGACAUAGGGGCCACGAAUCACAUGUCUGGUUGUCAGAAUUUUUUCGAAAACCUCGUGGAAUCGGCCUCUAGAGUAGUUAAGUUUGGAGAUAAUUCGUGGGUGGAAAUUGAAGGCCAUGGGAGUCUUUUGAUAAAUCAAAAGAAUGGAGGAUAGUUUUAGUUGGCAAAUGUACUUUAUGUUCCUAAAUUGAAGGCAAAUAUUUUGAUCCUUGGCCACUUGGAUGAAGAAGGCUGCCGGAUGAUAGUCUAUGGAGGUAAGUUGACCAUCAUUGACCCUAAAGUUCAAAUGUUUGCAGAUGUCCAGCGUACUAAGGGAUGACUUUAUCUUCUGAGGCUAGAUGUUGAAGUUCACUGUCUCCUCACCUCAGCUCAAGAGUAAGAGAAUUGGCUGUGGCACUCUCGAUUUGGGCAUCUAAAUUUCUAUGCAUUAAAAGAGAUGUCAAGCAAGUAGUUAGUUGAUGGACUUCCUCAGAUCAAUAUACCUAAUCAUAUCUACUAGAGUUGUGUUGCCGGUAAGCAACAUCGGACUCCAUUUCCCUCUGCAUCAAAUUUUAAAGCUUUGACACCUCUAGAACUUGUUCAUGUUGAUUUAUGUGAUUACCCAUCCACUUUGGGAGAAAGUAGGUAUUUUCUUCUAACUGUGGAUGACUACUUGCGAUUGAUGUGGGUAGCAAUGCUGAAAGCCAAGUCAGAUGCUUUGAGUGAACUCAAGUGAUUUAAAGCUCUGGUAGAAGUAGAGAAGAAUACCAAAAUUCAAUGUCUUCGAUCAGAUAGAGGAGGAGAGUUUGUAUCUGAUGAAUUCAUUGAAUUUUGUAUGUCACAGGGUAUUAAAUGGGAAUUGACUGCCCCAUAUCAAAAAUCACCUCAGCAGAAUGGGAUCGUGGAGAGGAAGAAUAAGGCAAUCAUGUCCUUAUACCACUAUUUUGAUCCAAUCAACGGCACAGUACAUAUUAGUCGUGACGUGAUUUUUGAAGAAAAUGGAAAAUGGAACUGAGCCCAGUGAGGUAAGAGUGUUCCUCCAGUCACUUUUCUACCUGAAUUAUCUGCUGAGUAGAGACUAG